AUGUUCAACAAGCUGAGGAUGACACAGGAUGUGGAUAAACUUUGUUCCACCACAGGAGAGAUCUUUGCCAAGGUCAUCAUUGCUCCUUUUGUCAUUGGGUAUUAUUCCUACAGGGCUUAUUCCAAUGCUGGCUGGGUUGGACCCUCAGGCGUCUUCUUACUCUUCCUCAUCUCAACAGUGGUGAACAAACUUCUCAUGACCCCUAUCGUGAAGGUGUUUGAGCAGGAGAAAUGGGAAGGAGACUUUCGAUUCAAGCACAUGCAGAUAAGAGUGAACAGUGAGAGCUUGGCUUUCCAUGGCUCAUCCAUCCUAGAAGCAGGGAAGACAAACCAAAAGCUGGAUGCCCUUCUAAGGACACAGCAACAAAAGUUCAACCGCCAAUAUCUCCUCAGCCUUGCAGUGAACUUUUUUGACUAUAUUGGAUCCAUUGCCAGCUACCUCAUCCUCUCCGUCCCCAUCUUUGCAGGCAGUUACGAUCACAUGAACCAUGCCGACCUGGCUGCUCUCAUCAGCCAAAAGGGUAAAAGUGCUGGCUGGGUUGGACCCUCAGGCGUCUUCUUACUCUUCCUCAUCUCAACAGUGGUGAACAAACUUCUCAUGACCCCUAUCGUGAAGAAGGUGUUUGAGCAGGAGAAAUGGGAAGGAGACUUUCGAUUCAAGCACAUGCAGAUAAGAGUGAACAGUGAAAGCUUGGCUUUCCAUGGCUCAUCCAUCCUAGAAGCAGGGAAGACAAACCAAAAGCUGGAUGCCCUUCUAAGGACACAGCAACAAAAGUUCAACCGCCAAUAUCUCCUCAGCCUUGCAGUGAACUUUUUUGACUAUAUUGGAUCCAUUGCCAGCUACCUCAUCCUCUCCGUCCCCAUCUUUGCAGGCAGUUACGAUCACAUGAACCAUGCCGACCUGGCUGCUCUCAUCAGCCAAAAUGCAUUUGUUUGCAUUUACCUGAUCUUCAGCUUCAGUUCCCUUGUUGACCUAUCCCCAAAAGUGGUGGACAUUGCUGGUAUGACCCACAGAGUGGCAGAACUCGUGGAAGAGCUGAAUCGUCUGAAGGAACGCAAUCCUUCCUCAUGGAGAGAUGGUCCCUCUUGGCCCCUAUUGCAGUCUCAAGCUUCCACUUCAAGUGCAUCUGCCCCCUCAGUCUAUGAUAUUGUGCAACUUUCAGUCACUGCUCCAUCCAGGUCACAGCUCCUAAUAAAAGAUCUGGACCUCACGAUCAAGUUGAGGAGCAACAUUCUGAUCAUGGGACCGAGCAGCUGCGGGAAGACGAGCUUGUUACGGACCCUGCGUGGUCUCUGGACGCAAAAUUCAGGCAGCCUCAAGUGCAACCUUCCUGUAACCCCAAGGCAUACUCUCUUCAUGCCACAGAGGCCCUUUUUCACUGAUGGAAGUCUCCUCGAUCAGGUUGACUAUCCCCUCCAAGAUAGAGGGAUGGGAGUGCAGUCUUAUGAUGAAAGUGUUAUGGAGAGUCUCGAACUUGUUGAUCUACUUCCACUUGUUGACCGGGUUGGGGGUCUCAGAACCCCUGUCAGCUGGAACUGGUAUGAGGUGCUGACGCCGGGUGAGAUGCAGCGACUGUGCUUCGUCCGCCUAUUCUACCAUCGUCCACAGCUGGGUCUUCUCGACGAAGUUACCAGUGCCAUCUCGGAGGACCUGGAAGCCGUGCUGUUCCGCCGCUACCGGCAAUUGGGUAUCACCCUGGUCACCGUCGGGCAUCGGCGCAGUCUGAGGGCCCACCACGAUCUCAUCCUUGCACUCGAUGGACGGGGGGGGCUGGACCUUGGAAUCCCUUCGAUCCUGAUUAUAAGCCUCUUUCUUAGGUCCUCUUUAACCAUCGUGACAUUCCCAAAGAAAAAAGAGUAGAGUGUCCUUGUGCUUCUCCCUUGGAAAAGAAAAUAUUGUGCAUGUUGAAAACCCAUGGAAAUUUUCCUCAUGGAAGUCCAUAGGGUAAAAGAAAGGAAUUAUAUUCUGUCAGCAAUACAGCUGUCCCAUCAAAGUGUCACCCAUCGAAGUCCCCAUGGACUUCGAUGGGAAGCCUCCAUGAGUUUCCUCAAUGAAGCAAGUGCAGAGACUGACCGUCUUCAGCAAUCGGGAGUCCUGCCACAUUUGUCUUUCACUGCCAUGGUGAUCGUGUAAAACUCCCACCAGAUCUUCUCAAUGUGAUGGUCACAUCUGGCUCAAGUAUUCCUUGUAGUCUUCCUAGUUGAUGCCGUAGGAGUGGUUCUUCAGAUGCAUUUAUUCAUUCUGAAUGGACGAAACGAAUUAUGUGACUGCUACUUUCCUUUGCACUCAUGUUCGAGUCCAAGUUCCUCAGGGAACCCCUCAUAUUUGUGUUUCCUUCUUUUUUUUAUCUUUGCCCAGUGCCAUUCUCCAGUGCUCUCUUUCUGUCUGUUAACCUUCUCAUUCAGACUUAUGAUCUGAUGCAUGCAAUAGGGUAGUAUUUUUGUAGUCAAUUUUUUUACUGAUGCAAAUGCGAUGUUUGAAUCUGGAGUUCCCAACAUAUGACAUAUCUCAACUUGAGGCUCCCUAAUGGACACUUGUCAGCAUAGCCCCUUACGGCCAUCUGCAUCUUUACUUUCUUGAGCUCUGUUUACCUCCCAACUGAGUGUAUAGUAUAAAGUAGCUUAUUUAUG